GUUGCAGCAGGGCUCUAUCAACUUCGCAUCUUCCCCUAUUUCGUGUUAACCACAAGCAAGAGUCAAGAAGCAAGACGCAAGUCCCAACAAGCAAGGGCUUCCCGUUCGGCCGCUUGUGUUUCACGCAUCUGUCCAAAGCUCCAUUUGCAUCCUCCUUCAUCCGUACUAUCGACGACGGGAAAUUCCUUGCAAGCAAGCAGCAAGAACGACUUGCAGCAUCGCUGGAGAGAAGAUUAUCUGCAAUAUGCCGAAAGCACCCUCAUCUACCAAGGUCAAGAAGACGACCAAGCCCGGAUUUAAACCGCUCGACGCAAAGGCCUCGAGGCAGACCUCUCUAGCUCAAGAGUUGCGUGAGGACCAGCUUCGGGCCAAGUACGGCGUCGUGACGGGGCCUGGCAAGCGCAAUAAAGGGAAAAGCAAAGCUGGCGUCGACGUUGACAUUGAUGAAGACGGGAAAAACUCGAUAGAGCCUGACGGCGGCCGCGUGACAGGCGGACAGCGCUUUGGAUCCAAUGAUGCGAGGGUUUCGUCUGGGAAGAACUUUGUCGACCCGAAACUGAGUCGCAACAUUCUCCGGCUCGCCCAGGAGCAGCAAGAAGAGCUGGAGCGCGAAGAAGAGGCAGAGCGGACCGGCAUCGACCCCAGGCUGAAGGAAAGGCGCUCAGAAGGCUCUUCUGCGCGCAAAGGAUUCACCGGCGGGGCUCUCAACUUGGAUGACGAUGAAGAUGGUCACGCAAUGGGAGAAGAGGAUGAUGGCGAGCUCAACGAGCAAGAGGCCCUUUCAGGGGAUGAGGACUUGGAGGAAGAGUACGAGGAGCUGGAGAUUGAUCCAGAGGACCGGCGACUGAUGGAAGAGAUGGACGCAGCGAUGGCGGCUCGUUCAAAAGGGUCUGGCAUGACCUUAGGCGGCGAGCAUGCGGAUCUGGAAGAGGCGUUGCCUGGAUCAAGUGGCGGUGGCCGAAAUCUAGCAGACAUCAUUAUUGCUAAACUGGAAGAGGCUGAGGCGCGCGAACAAGCCGGUGGCCUUCCACGGAUGGGCGAGCAAGGGCGUCCGAUGCCUCCGGGUAUCAAUCCUAAAGUGAUCGAAGUCUACACCAAGGUCGGCGAGUUGCUUUCGAGAUACAAGUCAGGCCCCUUGCCAAAGGCCCUUAAGAUCGUCCCGUCGCUGCCAGCGUGGGAAACCAUCCUUUAUAUCACCAACCCGGCAACCUGGACUCCACAUGCAACGCUCGCCGCGACGCGCAUCUUUGUGUCCAAUUUGAAAGCUCACCAGACGCAAAAAUUCUUCGAGCUGGUCUUGCUCGACAAGAUCCGGGACGAGAUUGCGGAAAAGGGGAAACUGAGCGUGCAGCUGUAUGAUGCACUCAAGAAAGGCUUAUACAAGCCUGCUGCUUUCUUCAAGGGCCUCCUCUUCCCCUUGUGCGAGAGCGGCACCGUGACGCUGAAGGAAGCCGCGAUCAUUUCUUCCGUUCUUUCCAAAAUCUCUGUGCCCGUCUUACACUCCGCCGCAGCCCUCUUGCACCUCGCCUCGAUGCCUUACAAGGGCCCGACAUCUCUGUUCAUCCGCGUACUCCUGGACAAAAAGUACGCGCUGCCAUACAAGGUCGUCGAUGCGCUCGUUUUCCACUUUCUGCAGUUUGCCGACCCGGACAAGGGCGUGGAGAUGGAAAAGAUCAAUGGCGUCAGUACCGGCCAGAGACGCAUGCCGGUGCUGUGGCACCAGAGUCUGCUUGUCUUUGCACAGAGGUACAAGCAAGACCUGACACCGGACCAGAAGACUGCGUUGUUGGAUCUGCUGCGUGUGCAAAAACACGACGGAAUCGGCCCAGAGGUACGACGUGAGCUCCUAACCGGGGAAGCCCGUGGCGAGAUGCUCGAGGAACCCCUUGGCGAGGACGACUUUAGUGACGAUGAUGCCAUGUCUGUAUAAUAGCAAGUUUCGCGCUCGAAUCUCAUAGAAGCAGCACGAUAUUGCCUGGGAGUCAGAUGACAAUGCGGGUGUGGAAGCCUCGUCGGCCAUCAGCUCGUCUAGGCGCAAUUGAGCGUGGGACAGCAAGCACGACCAGUAGAUGGUCGAUAGUGCGGUACUGGAUGCACAGCGGGUUGAGGCACCUGACCGCCAGCCGCCUCGGUAAGACCACCAGCCGUUUGAGGGUUCAUUGCCGCCCCUACUGUCUGCUUAACGGGACCUUUACUUCCCUCAAUUCUGCUCCCACUUGCGUCUUAACAAUCUGGUGGCUGACGAGCCCAGGCCAACUGUUUUCGUGGCCCGAUCAAAGAGGGCGUGGGUCCUUGGGCUGAGGUCGUGCCAUGUCCCGC